GGUGAUAGUAACACAAAGUACGGAGGCGUUUAUGUUUUUUGCUUCAUCCGCAAGAAGCAGCGCAGUAGAGCGUCAUGUUGCUGUAAACACUCAGUAACUGGCCGGUUGCUUUAAAACGCCUGGGCAGACGUCCGAAAUAUUCGAAGGCGGACAACAUAAAAGCCGUUGUGGUUAUAGAUGUAGAGAAGAACAGCGCGUUUUCGUUAUAAAGUAAAAUUGUAUAACGCCAAAAAAAUGGCGACAGUUUUUCUUUAGCAGUUAGAUUGAUCUCGCUCGUUGAGCGCAUAUGCGUAAUCUUCUCUGGAUGUCUGUAGCAAGCGUAAUGCCAACUGUAUAAUGUAGUGUGCCUGUUUUUAAUGCAAAUAUGAAGUCUUCUAGUUUCAGAAAGGAUGUCAAACGAAACCAAAAGCCGGGCGGAAAAACUUCGUGACAAGCGGCUUAUCCGAAAAACGAGAAGAAAGGCCCUUCUCGUUAAAGCCGCGAAAACUGUAGUGUCAAGACCAACAGGGUCUGAAGGCGUGUCAGCCAACUGGGAAAGGCUUAAAGAUAUCAUGGGAAUCAAAAAAAGCGAAUCUACUGAGAUUCGUCAGGGUCAAAAAACGCCAGACAAAUCACAGCUUCAAAACCCUACGAAGGUGCUGGCCCUUGACUGUGAAAUGGUAGGAGUCGGUCCCGGUGGCCGUGAGCACAUGUUGGCACGAAUCACUAUGGUCAACAUCCACGGAAACGUCAUUUACGAUAAAUACGUGAAGCCUCGAGAGACAGUUGUAGAUUAUCGAACUGCAAUCAGUGGGAUUAGACCUGAGCAUCUCUGGGAUGGAAUAGAGCUAACUGUGGUUCAGAAAGAGGUGUCAGAUCUACUUAAGGAGCGUAUUAUUGUAGGACACGAUUUGCGCCACGACUUUGAGGUUAUGUUUCUCUCACAUCCAAAUAGAAUGACUCGCGACACGUCGUUAUUUCGACCGUUUCGAGAAAUGUUUGGAGGACGUACGCCUUCGUUAAAAAAUCUUGCCCUCAAAAUCCUUGACCUGAACAUACAAGAAGGCGAACACAGUUCCGUACAGGAUGCCCAGAUCGCCAUGAAACUUUACUUACAGUAUCGAAGACGUUGGGAAACCGAAAUGAAGAAACGUCACAACCGCAUAAAACGAAAACUGGAACGACGCAAGGAAAAAACGGCGAAACUGUCCCAGGAUAGGCGAAUCGACCAGCACCAACGAGGUCAACAGAAGCAAAAGGAAAACUGUAAACAGGAGGACGAAGGAGGCGAAGGCGACAGUACCUCAGAAGAUGACAGAACAACAGCUAUGUAGAGGAAAUAUGCUCAUCUAUGUAUCUAAUACCGCAAUGUCGAGGAUCGCCAUAGAAACUUUAACAAAAAUUGACGAGUGAUACUGCGGGGCAUUCCUAUAAUUUACUAAGGAUAUGGAAACACCGACCUAGCUUCUUCUUUUAAUGGGUAAGUAAACCUAGUUUAUUUUAUCUAAUCAACCGUACAGGCUUUCUAUAGCGAUUGUUCGUCAGCGCGAAGAACAAGAAAAGAGAGAUUACAGAAACGAGAAAAAUAGAAUCUACUUAUGUGAACCAAUUAAUUCUUUUUCACUAACAGCGAAGUUUUUAAAUAUUCGCUCACCCAAGUUUACCUAAGAAACGCAGUGCUUUCGCUCCGCUACAAUAAAUUCAUUAAUCCGACGUCGUUUCAACGCAUGUUACUCGAAAGAGUAGAUGUAAAAGUAAAGUGAGUUACGUUUGACGAAUAUGUUCGCAUGUUAUUCUGCCGGGCCUUAGUAAUGACUAAUUAUUUAAUAUACGGGAGCGAUAAAACUAUAAUUUUCAAUUAGAUAAUUUCCUGCUACAGUGAAAUUUAGCACGGGCUUUAAUAAACCUUUUAGUAUUAGAAUACUUCAAAAAUAGUUUGAGGAACUCUUUGUAUAUACCACUCGAAUUUUUUGUUCUUCGAGAAAAUAUUCUCUAUAAAAUAUCAUAUCGUUUUACUGCUUUACUUAUUAAAACAGAAAUAUGAACAAUUUGUAAUCGACGACUAAAGGUUUGUUGAGCUUAUUAACAAUUAUAUUCGUAGUAGUCCAGCGAUUCUAAUACACUGAUGUAACUUUUUGCCAAAGUAGGUUUAGUAAUAUCAUACAGUUGUCGUUGUUUUUUUGUCCGUUAUUCAACUCUGAUUUAUUUAUUAUGUCUGUUUAAAAUGUUACUAAUGUACCCAUUUCCUCUUAUGCCUACAUAAAGAGGUGAUAUUCGUGAUAGUUCGUCGAUGAUACCUAGUAUUAUCUUUCCGUACUAGUAAUAACUCGAAAUGAAACACUCCAUGAAAGGAUACAAAUUACAAAUUUCAAUUUAAGCAUGCGUUUUGAAAGGCAGACACUAAAUAUUCACAUACCGACAUAGCGAAAAUGGAGUAUUUGUCACAAGCCCACGUCUGAAGCAGUCCUUUGAACGAGGAUUCAGCACUCAAAUUCCAAAGAGAUUUGAAUAUCGGAAAAAGAAUUAGAGGCAUUUGUGGUUGCAUUAGGGUAUCGAACAACAAAAGUAGAUUCGAAUACGCUGAGCUAGCGCAAUAUUAUGUACGUCAGUGUGUUCUGAGUGAGUAGAUUUAUUCGUGAAGUAGAAGAUCAUUAAGUAUAUUGUGAGAGACUGUACGCUUAGCAAAGCAAUUAAGAAAUAUAUGCCAGCUCGGCGCUAAAACAAGAUUACGAAAAUCAGUUUUUAAAGAACUAGGCAACACUGCAUAAGUUUUGUGACGAGUUGGGUAAGGGAUCAGGCGGCAAGGGUAAAGAGGUUUUCUUUAUCGACAGUAUCCUUCUAAUCUGAAAAGCACCUAUAACGGAUGCAAGCCUAUAACUUCCGCAUAGGGAGCUGGUUAAAGACGAUACAAACAUGAAGUGGAAGAAUAUUUCAAUAAAAUUAUCGUGGUCCAAUAAUAUAAACCUGUAGUGUAAGUCGAUAGAAAUAAAAGCUAUUACGAUUGAAACAUUAAAAAAAGAUAUUGUUAUCACCUAAUCAUGUGUUCGGUCUUUAUAGAGAAUUUCGCCUUAUACAUACCACUUGUCAUUAGGCUAAUUACAUAGUACUACAUAUUGACAAUCCGAUAUUUCCUAAAUCCAUAAAAAAUAAUAUAAAGCUUCAAUAAAUUUUGAGUGAAUUUAUUACCAAGGAACACGA